UUGCAGUUGACUUAGACUCCCACAAGAUAUAUAUAACAUGAGAGCUCCAAAGAUGGGACUUUGGAAAGACGAACCUGUAAGAAAAUCAGACGCUUCAUACAUUGUUUUUUUCAAAUUUUUGUAACAGAUCAAAACGAAUGCUCAAAGCUUAUAAUUUACGAUGGGGGAGUGUCCAGGAGCGUGGUUAUAAACAUUGUUUAACAGUUCAAAUUGAAGGGGUUCUUUAAUGAAAAUAUGACAACUGAAUUUAAUUACACAGUUUUGAAUACCACUGCUGCUGUCCCGGGAGUUGAUAAUAACACUGUAGGAUGUUCAUUAACGAAGACGGGCUUCCAGUUUUAUUACCUGCCAACGGUGUACAUUUUAGUCUUCAUCACUGGAUUCAUAGGGAACAGCGUGGCUAUAUGGAUGUUCGUCUUCCACAUGAAACCGUGGAGCAGCAUCUCCGUGUACAUGUUCAACCUGGCGUUAGCUGAUUUCUUCUACGUGCUCUCUCUUCCCAUCUUGAUAUUUUACUAUUUCAACAAAACUGACUGGGUGUUCGGAGAGGUGAUGUGCAAGCUUCAGAGGUUUCUUUUUCACGUUAAUCUCUACGGGAGCAUCCUGUUUCUCACUUGCAUCAGCGUCCACAGAUACACCGGAGUGGUGCAUCCUUUAAAAUCUCUGGGGAGGCUGAAGAAAAAGAACGCUAUUUACAACAGUGCACUUGUGUGGUUCAUUGUGGUGGCUGGGAUCUCGCCAAUAUUGUUCUUCUCCCGAACUGGCAUCAAGAAUAAUGGAAUGAUGACGUGCUAUGACACCACGUCAUCAGAAUACUUGAGCAGCUACUUCAUUUACAGCAUGUGUACAACUGUGUUCGGGUUCUGCAUUCCUUUUAUAAUUAUUCUAGGCUGUUAUGGAUUAAUAGUAAAAGCUCUGAUUUGCAACGAUAUGCACAAUGCACCUCUCAGGAGAAAAUCUAUUUACCUAGUAAUUAUUGUUUUGGCGGUUUUUGCUGUCUCCUAUCUCCCUUUCCAUGUGAUGAAGAAUUUAAACCUGAGAGCCAGGCUAUACUUCCAAAGCCCGGAGAUGUGUUACUUUAACAACAAGGUUUAUGCCACCUACCAAGUGACUAGGGGUCUUGCCAGCCUGAAUAGCUGCGUGGAUCCAAUUUUAUACUUUCUGGCUGGGGAUACGUUUAGAAGAAGAUUAUGCAGAGUUACAAGGAAAGCGUCCAAAAGAAAUGACAAUAACCUGCAGUCUAAGUGUGAAGAGACUGCCCUGUAUGUGCUAUCAGAAUACACUGAAAACGGAGACACGCGACUUUGAGUGCAAUGUAUUUCAUUCAGAGAUGUCACAUUAGACUUUUAAUAUAGGAUUGAGCAAAAGUCAUAUAUGCUUAAACUACAGUGUUAUACUAUGAGUUUAAUUAGCUGUAGGUCUGUUGUAGUAAUAUCCAGGACAGAACAGACUAUUUGUAUUGCAAGAGAACAAUUGUGGGAAUAGUGCAAACCAUUAGGAUUAAAAACUACCUGAAAGUUAAAAAUUCAAAUUCAAUUGCCUUGAUUACAGACUAUUAAUGAUUGCAAAGACAGGAUUGGACUGUUUUAGCUAUUGAGACACCAACAUUGCAAUCCAGGUAAUCUCUUGAUGUCAUAAUGCUGCUGCAAAAUGUUAUACGUGACACCUUCAAAACCGUUUAGAGUACAGAAACCAAAAACAGAAAUCAACAAAUGGGGAUCGCCUUUUUUCCGCCAAGUGAUGCUUCUGUUAUACUAGUAACAUUUUACAGGAAACUACUAUAGAGCUGAUAUUUUCCAACAGGCUUAUAAAUAAACUUCUUAAAUAUGUAUAAGCAAUUUAAAAAAAAAAAUGGAUAGGACACUACAUCUUUACUACAAUGGCAGUAUGGUUAAAACAGAUUUUCCAAUUUGCAAUGCAUAAUAAUAUAUCAAAUAAAAGAAACAUGACUGCAGCAUCCCAAGCAAUGCAUCUCUGCUUGACAUUAUACACACUGACAUGCAUUCUUAUAAGUGAUCAGCCCUAUGUGCAGUAUGCGCAACAAUAUCUACAUUUCAUGGUAUAUGAAGGGAUUGAGUAUAUGUGACCAUCUUUUUAAUAUAUGUUUGGUACAGUUACAGUAUAAUGUUUUAUGUAAGAUUGAAACAUGUUUUUAUUUUUAUAUAUUUUAACACAGUUUAUUAGAAACAGUAAUGUAAUUGUUAAAUAAUUGCAUGUAAACAGUGUUAAGUCUAUAGAUGACAAGCUAACUAAAGUUUAAUGUAAACUGAUUUCACAUUUCUGUGUACUGUUUCUGUGUACUGUUUGCAUGCAGUUUAUGUUGAACGUGACACAAUCAAGUUUUGAAAUACCUUCUACUUUCUAGGAUCAUGACAAACAGUAGUCUAGCCCAGAACAUAAGAUAAGGUGAAAGUUGUCUAAAAAAAAAUACCUGUUACUGUGUUCAAGGUGUUCACUAAGCAGAGGCACAUGUUUUACUGUUUGUGUUCAUGAUCAAGAUAUUUAUUGUGCUGUUUACCAUAAAGAACAAGAUAUUCUGCACUGCUGUAAUUUGACGUUCCACCAUCUUGCCUGUGAUGUGCAAGUCAGAAUACAAACAAAGCAGGGAAACGUAAGGCGUAAAAACACAGCAAAUUAACGCUGUGGUGUGAUUAGCCCUUAACAUGCUUAAUUGUGUAGUGAUUUUGUUAACAGUACACGAUGCGUUUCUGACAAAUGAGAAGAAAUACAGAUAUUUCAUUUGCAAGACUGGCAGCAGCGUUAGCAACAGGAAACAGUACCUAGCAUUAUUUUGUAAACAAGUUUGAAAUAUUUUGCACCUCCCCCCCAAAGUUUUUAACUGGCAACAUCUAUAUUUACAAAUGUAAGAAUCUGAAAAGGUGCUUUUAUGCUUUGAUAUUAAAAAUUGUAAACCGGCCUGUGUCAAUAAAUAGAAGAUAUAAUGAAAAAGAAAUAAGGAUCUCGUAGCAGACUUUUUUUUUGUUGAAGUUUGCUGGAGAUGUGCUUUGUGUGCUUAAACAAAUGCUUGUGCUGAUGCUGCUAGUGUUUCAAUGACUGGUGUUACUUUGUCCCCGUUUUGGCAAACUUGGAAACCCAGGAGAUGUUUUUAAACAUCCUGUAUAAAUAGGAAUGAUUUUAAAUGAGAGAGGAAUUAUGAACAGUAAACUGCAAGAAAUACUCAAAAUGAAAAAGUAUAAGUGUGAGAUAUUACAGUGCCACCCAUUUAUAAAGCUAACCUAUGGUGGCCUUAGGUAUAAAUAAGGCUGUCCUGUUUGUGUUCCGCCUUAUAACACAUAUAAAAAUGCUUCUGAAAUGGCAUUAUGGGGCAGAUUGGAACCUGGAAAAUACUGCUGCACAAGUGAUUCCGCCAAAUAAAGGGGCAUCUUAAAAAGGGGAACACUAUUCUAUCUUAGAAGAUGCUGUCUGCAUUAACUGUGUGUUGAUUAGCUUGAAGGAGGGUGUUUCUUAGUAUAUUGGUGUCUCAGUACAUGGCUGUAUUAUUUUUGGAGUAAACUGUGCAGCUUCCUUUGUUUAGGGUGGACACUGGUUAUAACAGCUUAUAAAGGUUUCCUGAAGAAUGUGCUCAUUUUCAGGAUAAGCAAUGUGCUUUUGUUAACCAAAAAACACGUGCUUCUGUUCACAGAAUUGUAGCCAUCACGGAAGUGGGGGUUUUGAGAAGGACACCUUGGCCUCUAUAGAGUGGGCAGCUAAUUUGCACAGUUUGUGGGGACAGCAAGCAAUUACAGCCCAGACUGCAGUGUAUAGAUAAAAUAUAUUACCUGCUUUGUGGAAAUAAAUAGAAGACAUGUUUUAUACUGCAAUUGAAAAGAUUACUUUUUUAUUUCAAUCAUCUUACAUAUUUUAAGUGCUUUAAUGUGUACCUUAUUUUACUAAUUUAUGUAACUGUAUAUGGUGCUACAUAAAACAUAAAACUAUGAUAGACUGGAUUAUAUGCCUUUCAACUUAAAAUAACAACAACCAUGUUUAUUGUGUUUGUUUUCUGUAUACUUGUUAUAAGAAGAAUUUUUCUUUUGUGACCUUCACUGAUAUCAUUAUUUAAAGUGUAUUGACAUAAAAAAAAAGCUUGUAAGCAGUGUACAGUGGUUGUUUGUAGUUUACAAAGUUAUAUUUUUCUCCGUUGGAAUUAUUAAUAAAUAUAAUUUAUCGUC